UCACCUCCCGUCCUGCUGGUGGCAGCCCAUAAUAAAUUGUGCCGACAAGCCCGCGCGGCGUUUCCUGUUUGGCAGCGUGUGGAAGCAGGAGAGAAAAGAGGAUUCCACCAUGGACAUCCGGCCCAACCACACCAUCUACAUCAACAACAUCAACGACAAAGUCAAGAAAGAAGAGUUGAAGCGCUCGCUGUACGCGCUCCUGUCGCAGUUCGGCCAGAUCGUGGAGAUCGUGGCCAUGAAGACCAUGAAGAUGAGGGGCCAGGCCUUUGUGGUCUUCAAGGAGCUGGCCGCCGCCACCAACGCCCUGCGCCAGCUGCAGGGCUUCCCCUUCUACAACAAGCCCAUGAGGAUCCAGUACGCCAAGACGGACUCUGAGGUCAUCACCAAGGUCAAAGGGGCUCAUGGCGACCGAGACAAGAAGAAGGACAAGAAGAAGAAACCCCAGGAAGCCGCCGCCCUCGCCAAGAAAGCCGCCACGGUGCCGUCGAUUCCAGCCCACGUUCCCGCCGUGCAGGUUCCCGACAACCCGCCAAACUACAUCCUGUUCCUCAGCAACCUGCCCGAGGAAACCAACGAGAUGAUGCUGUCCAUGCUCUUCAACCAGUUCCCGGGCUUCAAGGAGGUGCGUCUGGUUCCCGGCAAGCACGACAUCGCCUUCGUGGAGUUUGAAGGCGAAAUGCAGGCGGGCGUGGCCAAGGACGCCCUGCAAGGCUUCCGGAUCACCGCCACCUGCGCCAUGAAGAUCACCUUCGCCAAGAAGUAGCGCCUUCGCGGGACAUUUUGGCUUUUGUUUGGUAGUUUGUUUGUUUGUUUGUUUUUUUUUCAGGUCCGCCUGCUUGCUUGUUGCCAUGCACGGAAUCGUUUUGUAAAUGGACAUAAUAAAACUUGGGUUUUUUUGUUUUUUUU